AGUUCUCGCUGGGGUUCUCACGUACUACAUAGUUCCGUGACGUCGCGAGUUGACAUUUCAUUCAAGAAAUUAAUAAUAUUAUUUUAAUCGUCUCAAAUAGCCAUAAACAAAAAAAAAAUAACAAACCCCUGAUACUCCAAAAAAAAAAAUAAACAAACAAUUCUAAAUGAUAAUUUAAACUGUUUUUUUUUUAGUGAAUAAACUUCCUAGUGAAAGUGAGCAAUAAUUUUAAUAAAAAUACGUAGAAAAUUGUGGUUUAUCAAAAAAAUAAAAAAUAUACGAUUUUACAAUAAUAUAUUUAUAUACAAAUAAUAAUCAUUAUUUAAAAAAAAAAAAGUGACAAAAUGGUUCAACAAUAUCAAUCACCAGUUCGAGUUUACAAGCAUCCUUUUGCACUCGUUAUGCUGGCUUAUGAAAGACGAUUUCCAACUUGUCCACAAAUACCUGUUUUUGUUGGAUGUGAUGUGACACUUGAUGAAGAAUCACAAGAUGGAUCAAUAAGAACAACUGAACGUAAAUGUAAACUAAAUGUUGAAGCACCUUAUAUUCUCAAAAAAAUAAUUGGAGUUGAUUAUGUUUAUUUUAUUCAAAAAAAUAUUCUGGAUAGACGCAAUAGUAAAUUAGAAAUUGAAGCAUGGAACGAAAGUUUUGCAACUCGUGUUUCUGUCAUAGAAAAAUGUCGAUAUUUUGUUCACCCAGAAAAUCCAGAAUGGACUUGUUUCGAACAAACAGCAAGUCUUGAUAUUAAAAAUUUUUUUGGUUUCGAAAAUUCAAUGGAAAAGUUAGCAAUGAAACAGUAUGCUCAAAAUAUCGCCAAGGGAAAGGAAAUCAUUGAGUAUUUUAUUAAUGAAUUGAAAAAAGAAGGGGUGACACACGUGGCUCCCUGGGUUGACCCAGAAAAAGCACAAUCCCCAGUUGAUGAAAAAACAAUGGAAAAAGAUGAAACAACAAAAGAUGUUAAAAGUGAAUCAGCAACAACAAAAUUACCAAGUAUAAAUAAAAUUCAACAAUUAUCAUCAGACUAUAUUGAAAGAUAUCUUGGAAAACUUGAUUUAAUGCAAGAAAGUAGACUUGUACAGCUACGUCAAAGUAUGCAAGAAUUACGUGGUUCAUCAGUACCAAAUGAUUCAACAUUAUUACGUUUUUUACGUGGACGUGAAUUUAUUGUUGAAAAAGCUAAAGAUAUGUUAACACAGUCAUUACAUUGGCGUAAAAAGUAUCAAAUUGAUAAAUUGCUUGAUGAAUAUGAAGCACCACAAGUUGUUAAAGAUUAUUUUCCUGGUGGUUGGCAUCAUUCUGAUAAAGAUGGUAGACCACUUUAUAUUUUAAGAUUGGGUCAAAUGGACGUUAAAGGCCUACUUAAAUCGAUUGGAGAGGAUGAGUUAUUGCUACUAGCUUUACAUAUUUGUGAGGAGGGCCUGUUGCUGAUGGAAGAAGCCACAACUUUGUUGGGACAUCCUGUAUCACAGUGGUGUCUUCUUAUUGAUUUAGAGGGACUUAACAUGAGACACUUGUGGAGACCUGGUAUCAAGGCUCUGUUGAGAAUUAUCGAAAUUGUCGAGGCAAAUUAUCCAGAAACAAUGGGCAGAGUAUUGAUUAUCAGAGCACCAAGAUGUUUUCCAAUUCUCUGGACACUUAUCAGUACUUUUAUUCAUGAAAAUACAAGAAAUAAAUUUAUAUUUUACUGUGGUACGGAUUAUCAAGAACAAGUUGAAGGUGGUCUAACUGACUACAUUGAUCCAGAAUAUAUUCCUGAUUUUUUGGGUGGUCCAUCAGAGACAAAUUUAACAGAGAAUGGAACAGUACCAAAAAAUCUUUAUAAAAUUGACUUUGAAAAUCCAACAAGUGACAAUGGUCAUAGUCUUUACAAUUCAAUUAGUCUGAGUCAUGGUCAGGUGCAUCAUGUUGCAAUAAAUACAAACGAUGUUGGAGCUGUUUUAACUUGGGAUUUUGAUGUCAUGAGACACAAUGUUAUAUUUACUGUUUUACAUGAAAAAAAUACAGACAAUAUUGACACUGAAAAAGCAACAACAUCAGAAGUUUCUAUAAAUGAUUUUGAUGGAAAAGAAACUUUAUUGAAAGAAUGGAAAGAGGGUGUCAAUUGUGUCAAAGUUGAGCCAAGUGUUGUUUGUCAUGAUGGUGAAAGUAUUCAGGGAACACAUAUUGUACAAGAACCAGGUACUUAUGUACUUCAAUGGAAAAAUCCAGAUGAGGGUGAAUUUCUUCCAUCAAUAAGUGCACAUAAAGCACAGCUUAUGUAUUUCCAUGAAGUAUUACCAUCUGCACACUAUAGAGGAUCAAUGAUGAGUUUACAAUCAGCAGUUAGUUCAAAAUCAUUUGCAAGCUCUUCACUGUCCAGAUGAGAUGCAGAGUGGUCCAAAAAAAAUUUCAGUAUCGAUCCAAGUUUAAUAUUCUUUCAAGAAAAUACUGAAUGAUAAAUUAUUUUAAAAAUAUUUGAACACAAGAACCAAAAUUAAAACUCAAUCAUAGGCAGCAAGAUAAUAUAAUUUUUGAAUUUCAAUAUUAAUUUCGUCAAUUAUCAGAAUUUAAUGAAAAAUAUAUCAAAAGAAAAGGAGAGAGAAAAAUUUAUUUAAAAUGAAAAAGAUAUCAAGUGUUAUUUAAUUAUUGAUUUACAAUUGUUAUUGAGAUGUUUCAUCACAAUUGAGUGACAAGUUAUUUUCAUAAAAAAAAAAAAAACAUUGAAUGAUAGAAAAAAAGUGAAAAGAUUAAAAAAUAUUCCGUGCAUGUUUUAAACGAUGAAAACAAAUAUAGUAUAUAUUUUUAUUUUGAAACAGAUUUUAAAAAAAGAUUAAUUAAAAAGUUGAUCAAUUAUUUCUUCCAUCGAGGGUGAUUAAUAUUUGUAAAUAUAUUAUUUUAUUUUGCUCUCUUCAUAAAAGCAAUAUUUUUUUUAUUUAAAUUUUUAUGCAAAUAUAACAUUGACACAGUGACAAUAUAAACCAGUAAUAAAAAAAAAAUUAUUUAAAUGUUUUUAACAGUAGAUGGUAUGUUAACAAAUAUAAUUUUUAUCAUGAAAUACUUUUUUCAAUAACAAACGUAAUUUUUAACAAUAAGAAUGUCAAGUUUUCUUUUUUUUUUCUGAGAUAAAAGAAGAUGACAAAAAAAAAAUACAUAUGAUAGAAUUAAUUAGUCGAGUUAGUCGAAAACCUGUGUCUAGAAAGUAAACAAAAAAAUAAUUAAUAAUAAAUUAAUAGCAUUAAUUAUUAUCGUAAUAAUUUGUAGAUUGUUCCAUGUUUUUAAAAUUUUUUAAAUAUACGUAAUGUUUUGUUAAUUAAUCAAAUAGAUGACUAGAUAAAUUUUCUUUUCACUCA